AUGAUCAUCGUUCGCGGUCUCAGCUGCUUUGCCCUCGCCAGUCUGGUGUCGACCGGCCUGUGCAAGCCAGAGCCGGAGCCUACGUCUGUAAAAGAGUGGGCGACUGCCUACACUGCCUCAGCCUCUGCUGAUGUUGCCGCCGCCGCUGCCACGGCCAAGACGAGCAGCCCUACCAGUCAUGUUAGGGGCAAGGCCUUUCAGCGCUUCAUAGUUGUCUACUUCGAGAACGAGGACUACGACAAGGCUGCUGGUGAUGCCAACUUCUCUUGGCUCGCCAGCAAGGGCAUCACGCUGACCAGCUACCAUGCCGUGACGCAUCCUUCGGAGCCCAACUACGCAGCCAGCGUGUCGGGCGAUCAUUUUGGCAUGCAGAACGACGACUUUAACCGGUUCGACGCCAACGUGUCGACGGUGAUCGACCUCUUGGAGGACAAGGGCAUCAGCUGGGCGCACUACCAGGAGGACAUGCCCUACUCCGGCUUCGAGGGCAACGAGUACAAAAACCAGGAGAACGGGGCCAACGACUACGUACGCAAGCACAACCCGGCGAUCCUGUACGACAGCGUGGCUCAGAGCGAGCGACGCCUGUCGCAGAUCAAGAACAUCUCCAUGGUUGACCGGUCGCGCUCGCUGUUCCACCAGGACCUCGAGGCCGACAGGCUGCCGCAGUGGGCGUUCAUCACGCCCAACAUGACGUCGGACGGGCACGACACGUCGGUCACGGUGGCGGGGGAGUGGGCGCGCAGCUUUGUCGAGCCCCUCCUCAACGACGACAAAUUCAUGCAGGACACACUGCUGCUCGUCACCUGGGAUGAGAACGAGACUCACGAGAUCCGCAACCGCAUCCAUGCCGUCCUUCUGGGCGAUGCCGUGCCCCGUCGCCUCGUCGGCACCCAGGACGACACCUUCUAUUCCCACUACUCGGAGAUUGCCACCGUCGAGGCCAAUUGGGACCUGCACACCCUGGGUCGCUGGGACGUGGGCGCCAACGUCUUCAAGUUCGUUGCCGAGAAGACGGGCGACAGGCUGCGUGAGUGGCGCCGCAACAACGACUUCGACUCUCACUUCUGGAACUCGUCGUACGCCGGUUUCUGGAACACCGACGGCGGCAACCAUCGCUACCCCAAGCCUAACCUCGCCCUCAGCCACGGCAGCUUCCACGGUCGCACCAUCCUCCCCUCCAUCGUCAAGAGGUGGGAACACAGCGAUGCCCCCGCCUACUACCAGGAUACUAUUGAGAUUCCCGACGGCCUCAACCCCCCCAAGGGCUACGAGCCUGUGGAGUGA